UCGAGUGUUGUUUCCGUGAUGUAGAUUGAUGUAACUUCAUAGUAAAAAGUGGUAAAAAGUUAUUUAAUUUUAAGUGGUUCUAAGUACGAAAGCGUAGAGCAAGUGCUUUAUUGUACCAGGUGUAAACUUUAAAACACGUUUGGAAAAAAAAAAUAUAUAUAUAUGCAUAUACACACACACACACCUGUAUACAUAUAUGUUGACCAGAAAUGACUAGUUUGUUAUAAAUGUUUAACAUUUCCGAAAUCAAAAAACUGUUUGAGCAUACCAUUGUGCAAUUGUGAACUCAUAUCGUCUGUUAUACCAUUUCUUCCUAUAGAUAACAUUGUCCAAAAUGAGUUCUGGAUUCAUAUCAGAAGCUGAGAUUACAGAACAGCGAAGAUUAAGACAGCAAGAGUGGGAACGUGUAAGAACUGCAGACCAACCAUUAGAAGCUCCAGAAGAGCCAUACGACUCAAGAUCAUUAUAUGAACGACUACAGGAACAAAAAACUAAGCGAGAUACUGAAUAUGAAGAAGCACACAAGCUGAAAAAUAUGAUAAAAGGUUUAGAUGAUGACGAGGUGGAAUUUUUGGAUUUAGUGGAUAGAACUAAAUUAGAAGAAGAACGUAAAAAAAAUCUUGAAGAAGAAAAAGAAAUGCGUGACUUUAAAGCAGCUGUUGCUUCCUUACAAGAAAAGUCAUUAAAUGAAAAAUUAAAGCAAGAAUUAAAAAAUCCUCAAACUGCAAAUAAAAAUCUUUCUUCUGGGAGUAGUCGCACAUCACAACUAAAAUUAUUAGCUGGUGUUGUAGUUAAACGAUCUGAAAAGCAAAAGCAGGAGAUUACACGAGGUGUUAAGAGGAAAUUAUCAUCAUCUGAUGAAAGCAAAGAUUCACCCAAAAACGAAGACUGCCAAGAAAAUGAUCAGAAAGUAAAUGAAAAUUUAGAGUGUGAGACUAGUACGCUUCAGGAUGUUUCUUUGCAAAAUGAAACGGUAGUGAGUAAUAUGGGUGGUAUGAAAUGCAUUGGCAUCUUACCUGGACUUGGCUCUUACGAUGAUUCUAGUGAUAGCGAUUGCAGUUCCGAUACAGACCAAGAUCCGGAACCGAAACAUUCCAAAUAUGAUCUUCUAGGUAGAGAAAUAAAAAUUGUGAAGGAGGAAAUUGUUAAAGAAAAAAGCUGA